AUUCCCGUAAGUUUAGUACAAAUCAGAGUAUUUGAAUGACGCAGAAUUUACCGCGUAAUUCCUAUUCCUCCCUUCUUUUCGCUCAUUCAUUUUCUUUCCUUCUUUUACUCUCUCUCUUCCUUUUUCUCUCGAUAUUCCAUCGUUCCUUUCAUUCGACCUAACCAAAUAGUGUCGAAGGAUUGUGUUUUUACGAAAGAUUGUAGAGGUUAGAAUUUACUCACGCGGUUUAAUGUAUUGCGCAUCUUCUCAAAGAAUUUUAAGGUGAAUUCGGUCAUUAUUAGAACGUAAUAAAAAUGAAUGUAGCAGACGGACCCGGAUUUACUCGUUAUGAGAUUUUGUUACUCGCUGCAAGACUUUCCUUUGUAACUGCAGUCGGAUUUUUUACGAUGAAAUGGUUUGUCCAUCAACUUGAUCCCACAAAUGCGGCCAAGAAAAAAGCUAAAAAAAAGACUCGAGAACAAUUGCGUAAACUUGCAAAAUCAGAUGGUGUUAUAUUAUCCGUUGAUAUGGAUCAAUUAACAGAUUAUGAAAUCAUAAUCGCUAGUCAUUUAGUUGAUCCUCAAGAUAUCAAAGUUUCAUGGGAGAAUAUAGCUGGAUUGGAGCAUGUUAUUCAAGAACUUAAAGAGACAGUUAUAUUGCCCAUACAGAAAAAAGAACUUUUUUUAAAUUCUCAAUUAACACAAGCUCCAAAGGGUGUUUUGUUACAUGGUCCACCAGGUUGUGGUAAAACUAUGAUUGCAAAAGCUACUGCCAAAGAAACUAGAACUCGUUUCAUUAAUUUAGAUGUUAGCAUUCUUACCGAUAAAUGGUACGGUGAGAGUCAAAAAUUGACUGCCGCUGUAUUUUCAUUGGCUGUAAAACUUCAACCAUGCAUCAUCUUUAUAGAUGAAAUAGAUUCCUUUUUGAGAGCACGCAAUUCACAAGAUCAUGAGGCAACUGCUAUGAUGAAAGCACAAUUUAUGUCAAUGUGGGAUGGUCUAAUAACUGAUCCAUCUUGUACUGUGAUUGUAAUGGGAGCAACGAACAGACCCCAAGAUUUAGAUAGAGCUAUUUUAAGGCGUAUGCCUGCUACUUUUUAUAUAGGAUUACCUAAUGAAGAACAGAGAAUACAAGUCCUGAAGUUAAUUUUGCAGCAUGAGCCAAUUGCAGACAAUGUAGAUAUUAAAAAGAUUGCUAAAAUGACAGAAGGUUUUUCUGGCUCGGAUUUGCAAGAACUUUGUAGAAAUGCAUCUGUAUAUCGUGUUAGAGAUUAUCUACGAACACAUGCACAGGAUAUAGGCGAGACAAGUGCAAGUACUAGUACAGACGACGAAGAAUUCCACGAUGCCGUACGUCCUAUAACAAUGGAAGACCUUCUCACGUCUUAUAGGAAAUUAAAAACAUCUAAGAUGCAUACAGGCACUUUAAAUUCUGUUAGGUUAGAUUUAGAUUAAAUACAAGAGGAUCGAGAUUAUCGGCAUGUAUUACACUAACUAAUUUUUAUUCAAUAAGUUGGAGUAUGUUUAAUAAAACAAAUAUCUUACAGUCGAAACAGUUUUAUAACUGUGCUCGAUCUUUUUAUGAAGAUAAAUACUAGCAGAAGAUUUCAUGAUGUAUGCAAAUAUAAAAUCAUAAUUGUCCGGGUAUGUUCAUAUUAUCUUCUUCACUAAUCUUUUUCUUUUUUUUCCAUUUGUUUAUUUAAUGGAAUUAUAGAUUCAUUAAAAUUAUGAUUCAUUGGACUUCUUUGAAAAUUUUGAUAUAAGUAUAUUCAAAAUAUUGAAUCUUCCAUGUGCUUGUGUGAAAUCUUCCAACUAUACUUAUCAUCAUUAUUGUUUUCAGAGUAUACACAAUAAUCGUGAAAAACUUAUUCACAUUUGAAUAUUUAUUUAUUAAAAAUUUAUAAUAUUUAUCAUUUUUUAGGGAAGACACUUUUUGUGAACUUUGGAUUACAUAAUUCAUGAAAUCAGACAUCUUGUAUAAAUGAACACGUAAAACUAUUCUGAGUCCUAUUAAUAUAUAACUAAAUAUGUAACUAAAAAUAACGUUGUAUGUAUUCACAUUGUAUAGAAUCAGUUUUGUUUUGAAGACAGUAAUAUAUUACGUUAUAUAAUCACAAUAGGAAUACAUAAGUGAAACUUAAGAGAACUACUUUUCUUUUUAAUUUAAAUGUUAUUGCAUUAUUAUCGAUGAAAGCAGAUUAAAUUAUUCUUUCUAUGAUCUAUCAUAACUUAUUUUAUAAAGUUAUAUUGAUGUUAUCUGAGGCUGAAAUGAUAUUUAGAUAAAAUGUACAAUUUGAAAUAAUAGUACAACAUGAGAAGAAACAAAAUAAUAUGUAGAAUUAUAUUUUGCACAAAGUUUAUGCUUAUAUAGUUGAAAAGGAAAAGAAUUUUAUCUGCGACAUACUAUCGAAAUCAAUUCAUCAUAUAAAUGUAUACUCAAUCAUUAGAAUACUUACGUAACAUAAUAGAAGGAUUUAUCUUGAUUUAGAUAUAUUAAUAGUUAAGUUUCAUUAUCUGAUCAAUGAAAAUAUUUAACUUCAAAUUUUAAUAUACUGUAGGAAAUGAAGUUUCAAAUAUGGCAUAUAUUCAAGUGUUUCGAUGUCGAAAGGAAUAUGAAAAGGAAAAAAAAGAAAAGAAAAAAAAAAAAAAAAAGAAAAAAAAAGAAAAAAGAAAAAAAAUUUUAAAAUCGCCUUUAAUUA